UGUGUGUGGCUUUCCCGUCGUUGCCCCAAAGCUUCGAGCAGUGAGUCGCUGACCUUUGAAAAAAAAAAAAAGAAAUAUCAGGGGAGUCCCUCAUGAAGCGGUCCCCCCCUCUAGUGUCCCUCCCUCCCCCUCCCGCCGACCCUUGCCCUGCGCCCUCAUUGCCUUCACUGCAGCAUUGCGUCACAACUCGCUCUCCUCCUGCUUCUUUGAAAAGAUGUUACCAGACCUCCUCCCUCAAGUAUAACGAUAACUCAUUUCCCGUCUCAUGAGGAGGCGCCAGUUUUUAGCCGGUCAGCGUCGUCUCUAGGAAGCCCCGCCAGCCCCCGCCAGCCCCCGCCAGCUCCCGCCGCUCCAUCGUGACGUCACCCCUCCGGCCCUGAGUAUAUAAACAGCGGCGCGCUCGGGCUUCGUUUCUCUUGGGUUGCCGUGGGCGAGUGGUGAGGACGGUGGUGGUGGUGUCGUCGCUCUGCCGAGUGUUGGUAUCCUAUCAGCAGCGGCUCGAGGUGCUACUCAAGGACCACAGACUAUUGUCAGUGGGGACAAGUUGAACUUUAAAGCCAAUCAGUCACCAUGAUGAAUUCGCCUGCCAUCGUCAUCACCUCCGCCUUCGCGCGCUCGGAGAAACCUGUGCCCCUCGAGACCGGCAUCAAGGCUCGGAGGAGUUUUUGUGUACGGCAGCUGAGGAAAAUUAGCAAGGGCACGCCACCGACUGUCCUCCUUCCCCAGCAGGAGAGCACAGGUCAAGCCCCUGGGAAUGUCCGGCGCUCACGUUCAGCGUCACCCUCGUCACCCAAGAGGAAGGAAUUGACCAGUCCUCUUGCUCUGAAGAGAAAGUUCUUGCGACAAGUGAAGCUUCCGCCGCUGCCGCAGAUUUCCAUCAGCAAGGGGCGGAAGGAAGCCCCCAGCGAGGCGACCACUGUGACCACGCCGUCAUCCUGCGAGGAGGAACUUGCUGAUCAGGAAAAUCAGUCGCCCAACGAUCCAGAGUUUGUGCGUCGGGCGUCUGAACGCUGGCGGCGCAGAACAGGAGCCGUGCAGCUGCAGCCACCACUACAGUUGUUGCUUCAGGGUAGUGGCUCUCUGCAGCCAACCUUCCAGUGGCCCACCAACCCCAGCCAGCAGCCAGCAGUGCAGCGACGAUUCUCGCCGCGAUCCAUCCAUUAUCCUCAGUCCCCUUUCAGUUCAGUGCCCACCUCUCCUAUCCUCGGCCCCUCUCCCUUCAGAAGGUGCAACACGCAAUACUCCUCCCUCAACACUGCCAGUACUGAAUCCACUUUCAAGAGGUGCUCUCGAUCCUACUCCUCCUUUGGUUCGUUUAACCGUCCCCGUGUGACUGUCGGUGUGUGCGACCUCUCCUCGAGCAGGUCGUCCAGGCGGGGCAGACUGAUGGUGCGGGCCGGCAGGUCCGUGUCGCCUUCCAGCCGCAACGUUGAAGGUAAAACGCAAACAUUACCAGAGCGACUUGCCCUCGAUGACACUGUGGCUGAGGAGGUAAAGAAAGCAGCGCGGAAGGAGCGACUUCUAGCAAACCCAGACCAGUCAUCGUUAACGGCGCCCUUUCGCCGCCUAAGCGCCAGAAUUCGCAAGUCAUUUCGCGGCUCCAAAAACGUGAGCAUCAGUAACAAAGGCAGUGACAGCAAAAAGAACACGAGCAGCAGCAGCAGCACAUACAACAACAGCACCAGCAGCAACAGCAUAAGUAGCAGCAGCAGCUACUGUAGUAAUGACAACACACCCAUGGAUUCAGCAUCAUCCUUCACCUCCUCCACCUCCUACCAGAGCUUCCUCUCCUCCUCCUCGGGCUACUCCAGUGACUGCUCCAGUUCACCCUCCAGCCCCGCCAUCGUCCCCCGGCGGCUGUCCACGCCGCCGAUCGCUCAUUCUGCAGUAGCUGCCACGAUCCUGGCUGCAGGACGUCUCACCUUCCAAGACAUCUUUCUCGACGAACCGCAGAUCGCCGAAAAGUUUGCAAUCAUGUUCCCGACAGAGCCGCGCCCAGAGUGGCACCGUCAUCUGCGUCAGGUCAUCAACAAGGCGGGCCAGAAGAUAUUCAAGAAAGGCGAGCCCCACGAAACCACCAUCCCAGAAAACUUACGCCAUCAACUGAAGCAUAUUUACGUCUAUUAACGCCACCCAGUCUUAUUACAUCUGUUAUAUUAUCCCCAGUCUCCAAAUAAUUUGCCCCCGACAGCGAUCUAUUGCACAUUUACAAUCUACGUAUCCAUUCCUUCCCCACUCCCUUUUACUUAUUUCAUCCAAAUGUAUUUCCUCACUAGUCAUAGUGAGCCGCCCCCAUUCAGUCUUAGUUACCCCAUCCCGAGCCUUCUCACCCCCAUCCCAGUCUCAAUUAGCCCCGCCUAGUCUUUCACGCGUUGUGGAGAAAGAGUUUAGCUUAUUCGUUAAGAAUUCCGGGUACUGGCGCCGUACCCAACUCCACCUACACACGCACACUCACUUCAUGAAAGCUACCUUAAUCUCUCUCUCUCUCUCUCUCUCUCUCUCUCUCUCUCUCUCUCUGCUUGGAUCUUGUACGUAGGCGUUGGUCUCAGACAGCCUAAACUCACCCCGAGCCAGUUCAAAGAGGGCGUAACAGUCAUCUUGCCCGCGGCCGGGUUAACCCAAGCAUUUCCUCCUCUGCCCUCAGCAUCCCACAGUCAUCGCAGCACCGCCACAGACAGGCAUCUCCCUCACUGAUAUACACGUGUCAGCCCUUCAGCCACUGCUAUUGGUUCUGUGCCGGCAUUUACAAUAUAUUCUUUGUCCCUUAGUCUCACCAAUGACUGACACCGUAGUAACUAACACCUAGCCUGUAUUUUGCAGGCUAGACUGACACCUUCCAGCAACAGACACCAGUAGCUGCUGGUUACUGGCACGUGCUGUUUGGAUUUCACCAGAAUCAUGUAGUCAGAUGACAUGCCUCUGACUUCAUUAACUAAAGUUGCAGUAUCGGCACACUAAUGUUCAGUGUCCUCAUACACAAGGCUGUGUCAGUUCUUUCUAACUUGAACAGACAACAUGCGGAAGCUAGCUGUUUUUAGACACUACCUGACAUCCAACGAUCAUCAGCAUCCAAUCUUUGCAGCAUCCGAUAGCUUCCCACUCUUUCCUUAGUCAUGAAGCUCGGGUGAUGAGAAGGAUGGGUGAGACACAGCACGGCGGUACUCACCCACACUCUUAUCAUGCCCUACCCGCUGCGUAUACUACACAAAGCUGGCCUCCCAGUGCAACCAGACACGACAUUCCAACCUCACCCAUUGAUCACUCAUGCCCAUUACCCUCCCGGUCACGUGUCGCGUCACUAUUCAUCAAGUACACCCAAACAGACGUUGGUAUCACUGCACACAUGACAGCAUGACCGUCACAAUCAACACAAGCAGAUCUGUGCCUUACAAUUGUUAGUUGAUUCCAGAUAGAUGUUGUUUUGUACAUUCUGUGAAGUCAGUGAUGCAGAGACUAGUUUUAGCGUGUGUGUGUGUGUGUGUGUGUGUGUGUGUGUGUGUGUGCGUGUGUGCGUGCAUGCUAGGCUGUUUUAUACUGUAUAUAAUGGCUGUUGAGUUUUCCUACACUGUGUUUUCAAUAUUUUACUGUUCCAUUCCCUACGACAUCGCAAGAGCGGGCGAAGGAGGCCGCUUUGGGCAGUGCCGCGGCCGCCGCCACAGCUCGCCGCUGCCUCCUCUGCCUCACUCCCUUCCCUCAUUAUCAUCCAUUAUUUUUCCUUUAACUUGAACGUUUAAGAUGCACAGGAUAACUGUGCAUUAGUAAAUUAUGUGUGUGUGUGUGGUGUGUGUGUGUGUGUGUGUGUGUGUGUGUAGGAUGUCCAUUACUGGCGCCGCGCAGCCCAGUGGUAUAGAAACAAUUCGCUGCCGCCUCCUCCACAUUGACGUUAUCAUUAUGUAUUUUAUUUCUAUCUUAUUUUAAUCAAUGUGCGUUGUUGAGGCGUUCGUGCGUAUAAGGGUGGUGUCGACAAGGGCCAUGAGGUGCAUUGGUUGGCCCUGGUGUCGACAUGAGGAUAAUCUUUUCCUCAUCAAGUGUUCGUGGGAGGUUUUGUCCUUAAUGUAAUUCUUUUGGAGUCCGUCUUGAAGUGUGAAGUAUGCACCGCGAACUGAGCUGUGUGUAGGAAGUGGGAGGCGGGAGGUGCUGCAAGGGAGAUGGUGUUAAAGGGGUAAGGAGAGAUCACGCUAUGCUCGGUAAGCGGCGCAUAUUACACCUGACGGCAGAUCUCAGGGAACUGUAUGAUAAUUAUAUAUAAACUAAACAGUAUGUA